AAAGUUCCCUUUUUUUAAGAUAUUUUCACCAACCUCAGCAAUUAGGAGCUUCACUCAAUCGCAAGCCAUAAUUUCCAGAAGUAUAUUUAAUUUUCGGCGCGCAGUUGAGUUCCUUCCUGUUUUUUCCGGUUUUUAGCUAUAAUUUAUCAUACAUUUUUUGCGACUCUCGCUGGCCACGUUUCUCGAUGUUUGGGCUAUUAAACAAAUGAGCUGCACAUUUAGCCACCAUUCCGGCAAGUUGGCAAUUUAUCAGUGUCAGCCCGUGGACCGGCUGAAAUUCCACGACAGGAUUCAGUUGCGCCAUGUCCUCUCUAACGGUUAUACUGCGCGUGCUGGCCGUGCUUACCACAAUUGUCGGUUGCAACGUCUACAGGUUUAUGCCGCACAGUUGCACGUUCCGACGUCGGCCGAAAUUGCAAAGUCUGAUCACGCUGCUGCACAGCUUCUGGCUGCGUCCGUGGAUUUUUAUUGCCAGCUAUCUGCAUGCGAGAUUUUUUAUUUUACGUUUUCUGCUGACCAUCUCGGCGGAUGUGGAAGAUAGUGAUAAGGCCCUAACGUUGGUGUAUUACCUAAGUGCCCUGACAUUCAAAUAUCAGAAUAUAAUCACAUCCAUAUCGAUCACAUAUAUCUAUAAGUAUCAUCUGAAGAACAUUGAGCGGACUCUCAAUGAAUUUGCGAAUAUAUAUCAGCGAUUUAUAAGACGCUUUGGCCAUGCACCGCGCAUCAAUUGGUGGCUCUUUUUCGUUUAUUUUACGGAAUGGUUUACUCUUGCGGUGCCGGUCACCCGGUCAAGUGGUUUCACUCGAAUACCCUAUGUGGGGGAGGACUCUCCGAUGGACAAAUUUCUGAGCUGGUCAGCUGUGCUCUUUGUUAGCCUGCAGCCAUUAUUUCUGUCCCUUGCGGCGCACUUGGGAUUUCUGCUGCUGCACGGAUACUACGAGAAGGAGCAGCAGCUGCUGCUGCAAUACAAACAACUACGCACAGAUGAUCUAUUGGAAAACUAUGUGUCCUUGAUGCAACUGAGGCAACACUUCGAGCUGCUGUUGCGUCCAUUUGUGUGUGUUGGCUUGUUUUCGGAGCUGAUUAGUUGCAUGUGUAGCUUCCAUCUACUGCUGUAUGAUACACAUAAAUUGGGCCUUCUGCUCUAUACGAUUCUCGGUGCUCUGCUAUAUCCCUUGUGCUUUGUUUACCAGUGCCAGUUCAUCAAAUCGGUUGAGCAACAGUUCGGGCAUGAAUUGCUCAGGUUUCAGAACAAUGGCAGGCGACAGAAGCAGCUACAAAUCUUCUGCCAUUACAAAUUGGUCUCUUAUUACACCUUGGAUCGCAGCAUGUUAAACAUAUUCAACUUGAAUCGCAGUCACAUUUUGGAGUGCUUGUAUGUUAGCUGGAUAUUUGCCAUGUUCACCAACAGCCUUCUGGUUAACUCUCCACAUGCCUGGGUCCAACAUAAUGCCAAUAAGGAGCAUGGUAUCCUAUAGAUUGCUUAAAUAUAAAUAUUUUAAAUUAUUUUUAUUUCUUUUUUAGUAAAUAACAAAAUUUCUAGAAUUUUUAAAAUUUUUCUCAUUUAUUUUUU